UCAAAAAUCAAGAUCAAACGUUUUCAACUGAGAAUGUUUUAUUAUUGUCUUUCAUUUACAUAAAUACUAUUUUAGAAAAAUGUCAGGCCCAUCAGAAGAUUCAGAUUACUGGGAAGUGUCGCGAGUGCAAGCAUUUAGUUUUGAUGAUGAACAUGAAAUUAAAUUUAGCACUCUGGACAAUAGUCAACCUUUUGAGCAAUUAGCAAUGCGAAUAAGAGCUGAUAUAUCUAAUGAAAUUGAUGUAAAAGACACACAACCCACACUGUUCUCGACUAAUAUUCCACUGCACACUAUUAUUAGUGAUGAUGCUUUACAAUGCAUAUUACAAGUACAAUCUGGAGAAAGUGCUAAUAAUUCUGUAAGGUCUAACGAUAAGUUUAAACGUUGCCUUGAUGAUAUAACCCAAGGACCGGCUCCCUGUGAUCUGCUGAAAUUUGUAUUAUUUCAAAGACCUUUUGUUUUAGAAAAUUGUAAAAGUUUGAACGAUAAAAUAUCUAUAUUAGAUGAGGCUAUUAAAUUUGGUGAUGGAGAUUCUAUUCUAAUGGCUGUACUCUGGAUUCAAAAGACUGUGAAUAGAAAGAUUUUUCAAGAUGUUUUGCGUACAAGAACGCUUGCUGUUCAAAAUUAUAUUUCAUACCUAAUUGAUAGAAAUCAAAGCAGCGCACUAACAGAUUUAUUAGUUAUGCUUGGAAAAUCAAAUGAAACAGUGACGCAUCAGUUUCAAUUAAUCAUGUCACAACCACUUCAAACUAGACUGAAAAAACUCAAUAUGUUAUACACAAGUCAUUGUACACAACCUAAUGUUUGCAGCUUUAUUGCAAAUACUAUUGCAAAAUAUAUUAGUUUGCUUGAGUGGCAGGUAGAAAAUUCUAUAAGAUGUACUACAAAUUCUUUAGGAUUAACAGUGAUUCAAGUUUUAUAUUGGUUGUGUAUGAAUCAUUGGAAUGAUCAUGAUACAGGUAGUAAAUAUGAUCCUAAAGUAUUUGCAAAACUCCAACACAUUUCUUCUAUGCAAUAUGAUUGGACUGUAAUAUUGGCCCGAAGUAUUAAACAGGAUUGGCAUUCCAUAAGAACACUGUAUAUAAAAACAGGCUUUCUAAAGAAAAGACAAGUUUCUACUCCUAUUCCAAUAGAUAAACUUAUUUUGCAAUUACAUAAGCUGGAAGCCCCAAUCGAUCUUUUAGAAGAACUUCUGAAUUUUUUAUCAGAGCCUAAAAAAACUAUUGUAACCAGAGCAAUAAGUGCAAUAUAG